AAAAAGGAGUUUGAGCGAAGUAAAAGACAAAUGGCGUAACAUGUGUCGGGAGGCCAAAAUGAAAUUUACGGAGAACAAGAGACAGAUGUCAAAGACAGGAGGAGGGCCUCCACCCACCCCUCUUUCCCAGACAAUACAGGAUGUUGUCGACAUGUAUAAGGAUGCCAGUUCCUUUCAUGGGAUUGAGGGGGGGCAUUGAAACCUCAAUGCCUGGCUGUUCUGCAAUAUCCUCAAUGGCAGUGUCUCCCACUCAGACUGUAACAAACAGGAUAACUAAGGAUAAUGAUGUGGACAUUUGGCAAGAUGCCUGUGAGGACCUUCCUGUGCCAUCCCCAUCUCCAGCAAGCUGUGCAUUCAUUGCCUUAGAGACAUGUGCACCGUUAGAGGAACCCCUUUCCCCACCUAGCCCACCAAGACAACUAUGUGCCUCAUCAUUUCCAGUCAGUACAUGUAGUAGAGAUCCAAACCAAGGAAAAGAGAGAGAGAAGCGCAAGAGUGUGAAAAGGUCGGUGGAAGACGUUUACCGGUUGCAGUGUGAGGUGCUUGAGGAGGAGAAAGAGAAGAUCAAGAAGGAGAAAGAAAAACUGGAUUUACAGAUUCAGCUGUUACAUGCUAUUCUUAAAAGACAGGAUGAUGAACAGACAGAGCUCUUGGCUUCAUUGAUGUAGACAAAAUGGUCAAUGCUUUAAUUCUAUAAUUGUCAAACUUUCCACAAUACAUUACUAAUAUAGUCCCCUAGUCUAUGUUUAGUAUGUUAUAACUGAAAUUUACAUAAAAAUAUGUUACAUUUGAAGUUCUCUUGAGAGAAAUUGUAUAAUUCAACAUAUAUAUAUAUAUGAAAAAAUCAACAAAAUUUGAUAGAAAUUGUUAUCAGCUUAAAAUGUGUCAAAAUAUGAAAAAUUGAACCAGUACGUAGUUUCAGAUAUUUUAGUGAUCAAAAACAUUAAUACAUGUAACAACAAAUUAGAGAUUCAAAAGUCAGCUAGAUUAUGAUUCCACAAUAUUUGGUCUUCGACCUCUUUAUAUUACUGUGACCUUUAUUGCAUAUAAAGGGUUGAGACUCAUUAAUAAUCAGAUCUAAUGUUUAAGGUGAUAGCAAAUUAUGUCAUAAACAUACACAGUAUUAAAAAUGUAGGCUCCUGUCAGUGACCAAUACAUGUUACAGUUAACAAUGUCUCUAAUAUUUACAGCUUACCAGUCCCUUUAUCAUAG